CGUACAAUUGCCCUCAAAAAUAGGUCAUGACCGUGUGGAAGAAUGAGUACGAGCUCCAAACAAUGUAAUUGUUUUAAUCGCGACAUGAUUGGUUGAAAUCCCAAAACUUCCGGUUAUAUCUAGYGUGUCUCAAAAUUCAUGAUGGCGGCUAAGUUGGCUAAACGUGAAGAAGGAUUUUAUAAACGACUCCAUUCGUUUUCAACGGCGGACGAAUGGAGCGAAAAACAGUUAAAGGCUAGAAAAAAGCUUAAAACGCAGGGGGUUUAYAAGGUGGAGGAAAUAUUGGCCGUCAGGCAGAAAAAGGAUAGCGAGAGAGAAUUUCUAAUUAAAUGGGACUCGUGGGGUUCCGAGUACAAUUCGUGGGAAAUAGAAUCACACAUAUUAGACAAGUCUGUCAUUGAAACAUUUGAAAAACCAAACCCUGAACCUAAAACUGUGCUAGCCCAUGUCGAGUUGAUAAGAAAUGCAAUUGAUGGUGGCUUGACAGACUCUCUUCAGUCCGAUACCACCAUCAUUUUCAACCAUGCUGUUUUCAGGCACAUUUUUGGUGGAAGGGGGAAAGUCUGUUCAAAAGAGACAUAUGCACUAAGUGCUCAAGACUUUCCAAGGAGAUACUUUCCCCUAGGAUGGGAUAUGACUUAUAGAAGACGUGGGACAGUUCGAAAAAUUACUUAUCCUAUUCAACUUCAUCCUUUCCUUUCACGAUCACGCCAAAUGUACAACAAGGAUGGUUCAAAAAAAGAAAGAAGAUGGAUACAGAAGAUAACAAUAAGUUUUAGAAAACAUAACAUGUAGAUGUUAUAAACUCUGCAGGACAGAGUAAUAAAUAUGUAGUGUUUGUACUCAAUUUCAACAUAAUUUGUUUAUAAAAUGUUCAGUUACUGUUGGGAUUGUUUUGUUAAAAUUGUGUCAAUAAGAAUAUUUCUGCGUGUUCUCUUGUUCAGUCUCUCCCCAGUUAGCUGACACACUACAUCUCUAAGCUGUGAGUUUAGCAUUUUUUUAAAAGAAUCUUCAGUAUGUACUUCUGCAGUUGUGGAAAUGGUUGGAGYUAUAUUCUCUGUUUCAACUUCUGCCAGCACUGGUUGAGAAAUUCUUUUGUAUUUUCCUGCUACUAACAGUUUGCCACCUUGAUCCCAAAWCYUKUUAUCGAGCUUKUGGUAAGGCCUCUUUUGUCUUGUGCUUGUUUGCAGACUUUCUUGUCUCUUAUCAAUAAGCAAAAGGGACUUGCAAGCAUCCCAUCUGUUGAUAGACCUAUGGAAUGCUUUCCUCAUUACAUCAUUUUUUUUCUCUACACCUUAAAUUUAUAAAGAGAUGAUAACUUGGGUUAAACUAGUGUGGGCUGCAUUGUUGUUUCUAUGGAAGCAGGAGUAAUAAAAUAAAAUGUGUACAUCUUUUGCACACAUUACUUUUUGUUAUUUCACACAAAUUUACAGUAUAUAAAAUGUAGAAAUCCAAUAUGAAUAAUUGUAAUUAAAUAAUUUUAAAUAAUUAAUUAUUCAUUUGUUUACCAUACCUUGCCCUGUAAAAAUUUUAAGRCUACAAUACUCCUCAAGUAGUUUYGGCAUGUGGUACACCAUGAUAUGUAUAUAAGGUGUGAUGGGGUUCAUCCAGUUAUAGCCUUCACUUUUCAUGCUAAGGAGAAGCUUGGCCCAUUCAUUUGCCUGACAAUGAAAAUUUUAUAUAAUAUACUGUAAGAUUGCUUGUAGCAAUACAUGUAGGUCUAAUAGAGAUACAACCAUUGAGAAAACUGAUAUACAGUGGUUGACAGUACUUUAAAGUAUURUGGCCAUUUUAAAAAAUGAGAAUAAUAUAACUAAAUAUUCUUUUACCUUUGUGUGAAAGGUAUUGAUGUCUUCUGUAGUGGGAGAUAGGUUAGUCAUCACAUCAUAAAGUGCGGCAAAAUCCUGUAACAAAAUGUGGUAGAUUUAAGCUCAAAAUCAUUAAUAUGGCUAUUUAAUGUAUCCACAUACUUCACACUCAUGUUUUUUAAUAUACAUGCUUUACCUUAUUUUUUCUUAAAAGAAAGACCUAUUACAACUAAAUGAUAAGUACCUUCCAAAGCUUUGUGACUGAUGUUAAUAUUUUUGGGUGCACAAAUGAAGAAAACUUUGAGGGCAGAUUCCUCAACAAUUUCUUUUUGUCAUCACCCAUUAGCGAAGUCCAAUCCAGCUUAUUGUCUUUGUCAUACCAUAUCUAAAGUAAAGUAGCAAUACAUUUUA